UUCCACAACACCAGCACACAAUAAGUGAUCAUAAAGAGCGUUGAAUCAGAUAUGCAUGACACUGAGGGACAUCUUUGUCAGGUACUAGGUCAGUAUCUCUUAUACUGUGGGAUAAACGUACAAUUUGUUGUUUCACAUGGAUAUGGUGUCAUUAUAAAAGCUUUAAGAGAACAUAAAUCAGCAGUUGGAGGUCAUUCAAGGCUUGAGAGUGCUGAAAAAAUGGCUCAGUUAUUGUGGGUAUUUCUUGUGCUCGCUGUAACGGUCAGAGAUAUAUUACCACAAAGGAUCAUCGGGGGUCAAGAGGUCGUGCCUUACUCCAUCAAGUACCAGGCGUCUCUUCAGGUUGACAGGAAGCAUUUUUGUGGAGGAACCCUCAUUCAGCCGCAGUGGGUGGUGACUGCUGGCCACUGCUGGAGACCGGCCAGUGUGAUUCAGGUGGUGCUGAGUGAGCACAGUCUCGCUGUAGAAGAGGGAUUUGAGCAAGUGUAUAACGCCUCCAGAGUCUACAUUCAUUUUGCCUACAAUCCAAAAACUUUUAACAAUGACAUCUUGCUCAUUAAGCUCAGUGUUCCAGCUCAGAUUAACGCUAAUGUCCAGCCGGCCCCACUGCCAACCAUAGACACACCUGAUUUAGUCGGAGGAAUCAGCUGCACCGUGAGCGGAUGGGGAGUGACACGACUCUACAGCUUCUAUCUGUCACCGAUUCUGCGUGCGGUGGAUGUGGAGAUCAUCCCCAACUGCCAAUACUACUACUACUACAGAGUCAACGACAACAUGAUCUGCGCAGGCUCGCGCUUCGGGGGGAAAGACUCCUGCCAGGGAGAUUCAGGUGGCCCUCUCAUUUGUGAUGGGAAUUUAGAAGGCAUUGUUUCCUGGGGAAUCGGCUGUGCUCUUCCGUACUAUCCUGGUGUCUACACUAAAGUCAGGAACUACAACCGCUGGAUCGACUGGAUCAUCACCUCUGAGAGCUAAAACACAUGUUCAGCUGAAUGUGGGAAGACUUUCCUUAAAUCAGAAUUAAGAAAAAGGAUGUCAUGUAACAAUAAAUGCUACUUCAAGUACUGAUCCAUUCACAUUAUUCCAUCCAGAAUCCAGAGGUUUAUAGAGUAACAUGCGUAUUUUGGACUUUUUAAAAGCAUUAAAUGCU